AAUGCCCAUCAAAGAGCAGGUGCGAGACGUCUUCUUGCACGGGUCUCUCCAAGCUCGCUGGCGUCUCUUCCCUCCACACUCCUUCCACAUUCUCUUCCACUGCUAGCUUCGCCGUUGUGUGCGCCACCUUAUUGUCAUUUCUAAGGCAGUGAGUAAAACACGCCUCCCUUAAACUCCUUGCUAGGGUUUUGAUUUCAUGGUCAAUCAAACCUAAUUGAGAGCGAUCUUCCUUCUUUGAGUGAAGCAGGGAGAAAACGAUAACGGAAUCGGUCUCAUUAAUCAAUUCGGUGAAACCCAUCUCGAUUGUCAUGCUCAAACUGUCACGCAUGGCCAAAGCCUCAGCCUCAUCAACAGUGAACGAUCCAUGCCUACACUGCAGAAAGGUCAUUUGGAAACCAGUUGGUGGAUUCCAUUGAUUUUCUCUAAUUCGAAGGGUCCUCCCAAGGAUAGCUCGUCCAGAUUCAUCUCAGCCCGAAUAUCCUCCAGAAAAGCUCCAGCAGCACUACCCCUUACUUGCACCACAACAAGAAAGCCCCUUGGAACUUACACAGUGAUGACUCCUUCAAUUCUGCUCGACUUUGAAUUGAGGCCCCAGAUGAUGAUCGCCAUGGCGCUCGAUUUCCUCCUCCCCUCCUGGUUUGAGAUCAAGAUCACUCUCGCCACUUCCCUCUUUGUGAUUCUCGCUUACUGGUUUUUCGCCUAUCGGAGUGGGUUCUUCGAUGCUGAUCGCUCUGCCGUUGACAAUUCUGGGGAUGCUAUUCACGCUAAGGACAAGAUUCCCUCUGGCCAUUUAAGAGACCUUCCAACUAAUUCUGCUUAUCUAAUUAAGUUGGAAUUGUUGGCUGCCAAGAAUCUUAUUGCUGCAAACUUAAAUGGCACUUCUGAUCCUUAUGCUAUCAUUACCUGUGGUACAGAAAAGCGCUUCAGUUCAAUGAUUCCUGGCUCACGGAAUCCCAUGUGGGGAGAGGAGUUCAAUUUUUCCGUUGAUGAGCUUCCUGUACAGAUUAAUGUUACAAUUUAUGAUUGGGAUAUAGUUUGGAAGAGUGCUGUUCUUGGUUCGGUUACUGUUACAGUUGAAAGUGAAGGCCACACUGGUGCUGUGUGGCACACAUUGGAUAGCCCUUCUGGGCAGGUUUGUCUCCACAUCAAAACUAUAAAAUUGCCAUUCAAUGCUGGAAGUUCAAUUAAUGGUUAUGCUGGAGCUAAUGCUCGAAGAAGAGCUUCUUCAGACAAACCAGAGCUGACAGUGGUUCAUCAAAAGCCGGGGCCUCUUCAGACAAUAUUUGAGCUUCUUCCUGAUGAGGUGGUUGAGCAUAGUUUUUCUUGUGCUCUUGAGAGAUCAUUUUUGUAUCAUGGUCGUAUGUAUGUCUCUUCUUGGCACAUAUGCUUCCACUCUAACAUCUUCUCCAAGCAAAUGAAGGUGGUUAUACCACUAGCAGAUAUUGAUGAAAUACGAAGGACUCAACAUGCAUUUAUCAAUCCUGCUGUAACAAUUAUUCUUCGCAUGGGUGCUGGUGGGCAUGGUGUACCUCCAUUGGGAAGUCCUGAUGGUAGAGUCAGAUAUAAGUUUGCAUCAUUUUGGAAUAGGAACCAUGCAUUUAGAGCAUUACAGCGUGCAGUGAGGAACUUCCAGGAAAUGCUGGAAGCUGAGAAGAAGGAGAAGGCUGAGUCAGCACUACGUGCACAUAGUAGCUCUGUGAGAGUGAGUGGAAGUAAGGAGAAGACCACCGCUGAUCAUUUGCCCAAAAAUAGAACUUUUCAGGCUUUCAUUAAAGAGGAGGUUCUUGCUACCAUACACAGCGGUGUUUUCCCAUCCACAGCCGAGCAGUUCUUUACUACAUUGUUGAGUGAUGGAUCAAGUUAUACAAGUGCUUUCGUUUCGAGACGGAAAGAUACAAAUCUAGUUAUGGGACAAUGGCAUGCCGCGGAUGAAUAUGAAGGUCAAGUUAGAGAGCUUACAUACAGAUCCCUGUGUCAUAGUCCCAUGUGCCCACCUGACACAGCGAUGACAGAGUAUCAACAUGCAGCUUUAUCUGAAGAUAAGAAGAAGUUGGUAUUUGAAAUAGUUCAACACGCACAUGAUGUGCCAUUUGGGUCGUACUUUGAGCUCCAUUGUAGGUGGUUGUUGGAGACAAAUGCUGAGGACUCUUCUUCCAUUGAAAUUAAAGCGGGUGUACAUUUUAAGAAAUGGUGUCUGAUGCAAACCAAAAUAAAGGCAGGCGCAAUGCUCGAGUACAAGCGGGCCGUGGAUCUGAGGUUAGAGGUUGCCCAUGAAUACAUGAAGUCGAAUACUUCUGGCAGCGAAACCAACAAAACCGCACCUGCUCUUUCGGAAGCUCAGAGCAGUUGAUUUCCACCAAAUCCAGAUUGGGUUCCACCUAUCCACACUGUAACAAUGGUAUUCUCUCAUUUUUCUCCCUUGAAUAAGUUUCUUUAAAGUUUUGCAUGGUGUUGUGUAGAAACAAGUUCCAUCUGCGCUCUGUUUAAUAUAUUAGAAUUUGAACUUUCUUCACCCUGCCUCCUUAGGAGACUGGUGGUGCUCUGUUUAUGCAACUUCUCAUAUACACAAUACCAUUGCCAUACCAAUAUAGCAAAAAAUGGUCUCCCGUUGUAUAUGGUCCAAUUGUUUCUUCAACAAUCAUACAGAAUUUUACCCUUUGUUUUUUGGUAAUUCUGAUGUUCAUAAGCACUUUUUUUUAGUACAACAUGUGGGAUAGAGAUUCAAAUUCACGACUUUUUGGUUGAAGACAGGUACCUUAAUCCGUUGAGUUAUGCUCAAGUUGACCAUGUUCAUAAGCACAUUUAGUUUGUAAAGUCUUGUAUUUUAUUCUUUUUCAUAUAUACAUUAUGAGUAUUGAGGCA